UCGUAGCAUUUGACAUAUUUUUUAAGUGAUGUCAGUUACGCUCCAAAACAGUAUGGUUUUUCUCCUAAAAAAUUUCAAACCUCUAAUGCACCGUACUUGAUAAAGGUUUAUUAAUUGAAUUUAUAGGGUCAACUCUAAUUCGCAAAAAUGCCUGCAUCAAUCGGCGUCAACCUGAGGGUUACUGGACAUUGUCGCCAAGGCGGGAGAAAGUACAUGGAAGAUUUCUUCUCUGUAGCCUACCAGCAAACAGAGGAUGAAAGGGACUUGGAAUAUGCAUUUUUUGGAAUAUACGAUGGCCACGGUGGUGCCGAGGCUGCGGCAUUUGCGAAGGAACAUUUAAUGGAAACAAUUGUGAAACAGAAAAAUUUUUGGUCUGACAAUGAUAUAGAUGUCUUAAGAGCAAUUAAAGAUGGUUACAUUGGAACUCAUUAUGCUAUGUGGAAAGAACAAGAAAAAUGGCCAAAGACAGCUUCUGGUCUUCCUAGUACUGCUGGAACGACAGCAAGUGUGGCAUUUAUAAGACGAGGGAAAAUCUAUAUAGGUCAUGUGGGAGACUCUGGUAUCAUAUUAGGUUAUCAAGAACCUGGAUGCCCAGAGUGGAAAGCAAAACCUCUAACCAAAGAACACAAACCUGAAAGUGCACUGGAGAUGUCUAGAAUUGAAUCAUGUGGAGGAAAAGUAGUCUUAAAGUCAGGGGUUCCUAGGGUUGUAUGGAAUAGACCUCGUAUAGGACAUCAAGGUCCAGUUCGUAGAUCAACUCCAAUUGAUGAAAUACCUUUCUUGGCUGUUGCUAGGAGUUUAGGUGAUCUGUGGUCAUACAACUCUCAACUUGAUGAAUUUGUUGUUUCACCAGAUCCAGACUGUUCAGUAAUUCCAAUCGAUACUAGCACUUUCAGAUGUUUAAUAUUUGGUACGGACGGCUUGUACAACAUGUUGAGUCCACAAAUGGCUGUCCACAUAGUUCAGCAGGCUGAAAGGCACAACGAGAACGCAGCCUUGAGUGAUGAUCCUAAUAAAGUUGGCUGGUUAAAUCCAAGCAAAUGCUUGGUGGAGAAAGCUCUUGAAAGGUGGUCUACGACCAAGAUGCGCGCUGACAAUACCUCGGUUGUUACUCUCAUGCUUGACCCCCCAGGACCUCCUAGAGCGCAAGUAUUAAAAAAUAAAAAGAAAAAUAACGCCUAUCCUGACAGUGGAUUGAAAAUUGUAACUCGUUAUGAAGAUAACGAUGGAAAAACGUCUAAAGAUUUUGAGGAAAAAGAAAAAGAAGUUGAAAAAGUGCCUGAGGAGGACGAAGUACCUAACGUGUGCCAGAAAAUUACCAGAAAUAAUAAUAGAGAUGAGGAAUUACAACAGCAAACGCAAAAAAACGUUGAAGAUAAAGAAACAGAAAAUGUGGAAGAAGUGAAAACGUUAACUGUGGAAAAUGACAUCUUUUUUAAGUCUACAACGAAUCUGAAUGAUAUAGAUUUGGAUUUUACGGAGAAAACACGCGAAAGUCUGUCGUACGAAGUCAGGAAACCUUCUACAUCGGAUUCCGAAGAUCUUAGCAGUUGUUGCUCAUCUUCUUCAAUAGAUCACGAAGUAUCGAAGAGCACAAAAUCCUCAGAGAACAUUCAAAUACAUGAAAUAUCGUCUAGUUCAAACGACAAUUUCGAAAUAGAAGAAGAAACUGUUAACAGUCAAACCAAAUCGGAAAGUUACACUAUUAAGACACACAGAACCAACAAGGUUGAAACCAGGAUAUCAACUAAUCAGAAAACAAAGUCUAAAAACAAUAAAAGUCCAAAGAAGGAGGAAUCUCAGAGCGAGAACGAUUCAAAAAACGGACAGGGGCCCUCGAGGCCGCCCCAGGAAAAGCCUGUUCCCAAAAGCAACAUCAGGGACAGUCUUCGGAGCACUACCAGCGCAAAAUUGAAAGAAAACGCAUGGCUGAGGGGCCGAAAACGCCGUUUAAUCAACACAAACAGCAGCAACGACGAAAUUCGACAGAUUGCACCUAGGAAAAGAAUGAGGGCAAACAGUAGCUUGCCUGCAGUCGCUAAAAAGAAACAACAACCGAAAGUAAAGACGAUGACAGAUGUGGAAACGAGGAGGAAGUAUCCAAAAUUGAAGGCUCCUGUUCUGAAGGUGACUAAAUCGAAGAAGAAACUGCUAAGUGUUAACAAAGUCGUUCUUAGACAGAAAAUUCGGGCUCUGCAAAGAAUAAUGACUAGUAGAGUGUCAAGUUUGCCCUCAGCGAUCAUUAUUGAAAAAAGCAAAUCACACAUCAAUUUUAACAACAAUAACAAUGAUAAUAAAGUCAGUGAGAAAAAGAGUACCAAGACAGAUAAGCAGGAUAUCAUUAAAAAAAGGAAAGCUUUUAAAAAAGUUCCUUCAACAAAUAUGUCUUUUUCAUCUGUUAAGGCGGUUACAAGGAGUCACAGUGAUUUGCAGCAGCAACAGCAUCAACAACAACUUGAUAAGGAGAGAAAGAGGCCUGAAAAAGUUAAAAAUAUUACCAAAACCAUCAGUAAAGUUAAUAAGAACGGUGCAAUUUCAAAAAAGACCCAACAAAAACAUGCUACCAAAGCUGCUGAUUGUAAAUUGGGCCACAAAACGACCAGAAGCAGUGAUGGUAAUAGAAAUAGUGUUUUGAGAAGGAGCAGCAGAAAAUUAGCCACUCUUGAAAGGACAACACAGAGGUGCAACUGUUGUUAAUCUAAUUUAAUUGUAUGGAAAUCGUUGAGAGAGGCAGGGAGGUAUGUCAUUCAUUUGCAAGUUUCCUUUUUGUAGUAACUAUUAUUGUGAAUGCAACUAUUUUACUUUUCAUCCGAGAAAAAGUAGUAAAUGGCAUAUUAAAUCGUAGGUAUUUAACAGUGAUUAUAAAUUGUUUAAUUUUUGUCUUGUUGUUACUGAAUUAUUGUUUGUUUUAAGCACACGAGUGAAAUUAAUAAAAAUAUUCUAUUUAAAGCUAUUUCGAAUUUGGAUAAUAACGUUAACGAGUUUAAGCUUCUUGUGCUUAUUUUAUUUUACGUGAAUUAUUUAAUAUAAAUUUCGAAACUAAAAAAUGUUAACAAUUUAACAAUUCAUUUAAAAGUGCUUGAGUAAGUAUUAAAUCAUGAACUAACUUUUUAUGUACGUUUUUUGUUUUUAAUUAAUUACUUAGUACAAAUUAUUAUUAUUGUAAGUUCAAUUUACCAAAUCGAGCUAAAUACAAACAUAAUCUACUUUGCAACUAUUUAAUUAAAUGUAAUAAAAAUUUCUGUUGUAUAAUUUAUUAAUAUUGUAGAUAAUUGACAGAAUUUUUGUCUUCUCUUUAAUUUAUACUUUUAAAUUGGAUACUUCGGCCACUAAAUAUUUACGAAUUAGAAUCUUGUUAUUUUUCACAAUAUAAAAUUUGUGUCCUUGUUGUUUUUUAAAAACAAACAAUUUUGUUUAUUAAAAUGGUAUGCUGUAUGUAUAUAUUUUUCUCCUUGUGAAUUUAAUAAGCAUUUUAUACUGUUAAGAAUGAUGUAAUAGUUUUAUAGGUAGAAAGCGAUAAAAUCUUAUUUUUUGUCUUGAAUUUCUUAAUUUUAAAUAUUUAGGUAGAAAAGUACCAAAUAUUAUAUAACAGUAGACUUUUUUGAUGUUUUAA